AUGAAACCACGAAAGGAAUCUCGGAGUAAAUUAACAAGUUUUAUUAAAGAAUGUUCCUUAGAAAACUCGUUGAGUGUGCUAAAACAUGUCAUACAAGCCGAGAAUGUCCACGAAAGGCGGUUUUGGAUAGUGAUUUUGUUCAUUGCCAUGUUCGGUACUGGGUAUUGCGUUUUAGAAGUGUGGAAAACCUAUACGUCCAGCUUUACCAAGACCACCAUUAUGUCUACAUCGCACCCAUACGCUUUUGUUCCUUUUCCGUCAGUGACUCUAUGCGAGACCAGCCGGGUCCACGCGCCCGUACUCGAACAACUAUUUCAAAAAGCAGCGGGUAAACCGGGUUCUUACGACGAAGCGGUGGCCAACCUGAUGCUUUUGUUGUCCACGCACAGGUUACCUCUAUUUUCGGAAUUUAAACGUAUGAAAAAAUGGUUAACGCACACCGAAAAACUCAACCAACUCAACAUAAGCGACAUGCUAUUGAAAGCCCACCGGACUUGCGAACAAAUGUUUUACUCGAACUACGCCGAAUGUUGGUGGCGAAACAAUUUCUACAACUGCUGCAACUUAUUCGAACUACAAAAAACCGCUUACGGGUAUUGUUACAGCUUUAACUCGGACGUGUCCGAAUACAGUAGACUAAAAACACAAACGUACGGUAUGCACGGAGACGAGAAGGAUUACUGGGAAGACGACGACGGAAUGCCCAGACCCAAAAGGACUGGCAGCAACGAUGAGUGGUCAGCGUUGCGAGUGUCGUUGGACGCACAGCGAAUCCCAAGUGUCGUGAACGCCAAGUCCGGAGUUAUGGUAAUGGUCAGGGAUCCGAGUGCGUUACCCGUGGACCUAGGGCUAAUGAUCGCUAAAGGCACUAGCGGCGAAAUCAAGUUAUGGGGCGACAAGGUGAUGCCCACCAGGCGUCUGAUGAGGGUCAAAUCAGAAAAAAGACAAUGCUUUUAUCCCGGCGAGCAUCGUUAUUUGGGUAGAGGAUACUUGAGAUCAAAUUGUAUCACAGACUGUUAUCAACGGUUCAUGUAUUAUUUUUGCGGUUGCGUGCCGGGCUUUAAUUACUUUCCGUACGACCAAGACUUUACUUACCCCGAAUGCAAUUUCGAAGGACUCAUUUGUUUGGCCGAAUAUUCGACAAAUUUUGUGAAUAUCGUUGGUCAGGACAAAAACAUAUCGUCAGACCUGGUAUGUGAAUGUCCGGGCGAUUGCAGCAGUCAGAAAUACAAAUCUAAAAUAGUGGUUGGCAACGACACGUUUGUAGCAAACCAAAUAAUUGUCGACGUGCAUUUUCAAAGAUCAACGUGUUUCCUUUACGAAACAGAUAUAGUAUUUGAUUUUAUGAACGCAUUAGUGGCUUACGGAGGAGUAUGCGGUCUUUUCUUGGGAGCAUCUUUAAUCAGUGGAGUUGAAUUUGUCCAUUUCUUGACUUUUCGUAUAUACGACUACUGGAUGAAUCAUCGAUACACAAACAAAAUUUUCCAACGUUUUAUAAAUUAA